AUGGGUUCUAUCUCGUACAUCCCCUACCGGCUCGAUGGCAAAGUCGCCCUGGUGACCGGAUCCGGCCGCGGCAUCGGCGCCGCCAUGGCUGUCGAGCUGGGCCGAUGCGGCGCAAAGGUCAUCGUCAACUACAGCAAAUCCGCCGGACCCGCCAACCAAGUGGUCGAGGAGAUCAAAUCCCUGGGGUCCGACGCCGUCGCUCUCCAGGCCGACGUCAGCCAGGUGCCCCAAACCGUCCAGCUGUUUGAGGAAGCCGUCAAGGUGUUCGGCGGUAUCGACAUUGUCUGCUCCAACGCCGGCGUCGUCUCAUUCGGACACCUGAGUGAGGUCACCGAGGAAGAGUUUGAUCGCGUCUUCAGCGUCAACACCCGGGGCCAGUUCUUCGUCGCCCGCGAAGCGUACAAGCACUUGAACCAGAAUGGUCGGAUCAUUCUGAUGAGCUCCAACACGGCCGACUCGUUCACCGUGCCAAAGCACUCGCUCUACUCCGCGUCCAAGGCGGCCAUCAACACCUUUGUCCGCUGCCUGGCCAAAGACUGUGGCGACAAGAAGAUCACCGUCAAUGCGGUUGCCCCCGGCGGCACCGUCACCGAUAUGUUCCAUGAGACGGCCAAGGACUAUCUGCCCAACGCGGACAAGCUAUCCAAAGAGCAGAUCCUGGAUAUUGUGGCUCAUGUCUCGCCUUUGACCCGGUGCGGGUAUCCCGUCGAUAUCGCCAAGGUAGUGUGCUUCUUGGCCUCGAGCGAGAGCGAAUGGGUGAAUGGGAAGGUUCUUGGAAUUGAUGGUGGUGCUGCUUAG